CCGAACGGCGUUCUGCCCGUGACUGUGGCGCAGACCGAAGGCAGGAGCGCGGAAGGCGGGAACGAGCGCCCAUGUUUGGAGCGCGGGCACGAAUCGCGGACACGCGCAGUGUUGGGAGCGGAGAAGAUGCCGCCCGUAGACAGGCUGCUGCUGGAGGAGGCGCUGCUGGACAGUCCGCAGACACGUUCCCUGCUGAGUGUGUUUGAGGAGGAUGCAGGCACUUUAACUGACUACACAAACAACCUGCUGCAAGCCAUGCAGAGGGUCUACGGUGCUCAGAAUGAGAUGAGUAUUGCCACACAACAGCUAUCCAAGCAGCUCCUUGAAUAUGAGAAGCAGAACUUCGCCUUGAGCAAAGGGGAUGAUGAAGUGAUUUCUACUCUGCACCGCUUUGCCAGAGUUGUGGAUGAGCUCAAUUCUCUCCAUACGGAACUAGCUAAACAAGUUGCUGACACCAUGAUAUUCCCAAUGAUACAGUUCAGGGAAAGAGAUCUUACGGAAGUAAGCACUUUAAAAGAUUUGUUUCUACUUGCUAGUAAUGAACAUGACAUGGCAAUGGCCAAGUACAGCAAGUUACCCAAGAGAAGAGAAAAUGAAAAGUUGAAGGCGGAGGUGGUAACUGAAGUAGUUGCGGCAAGGCGAAAACAGCACCAUUAUUCCCUGCAGUAUUACUGUGCCUUAAACGCACUGCAACACAGGAAACGCGUGGCCAUGCUGGAUCCAUUACUGGGCUUCACUCAGAGUCAGAUCAACUUUUUCAAGAUGGGAGUGGAGAUGUUUUCGAAGAAGUUGGAUGAAUUUUUGUCUUCGGUUGCAAACAUGGUUCAAAGUAUCCAAGGGCAACUGGACACGGAGGCUGAAGCUAUGCGAUUGACCCAGCAGGAACUGCUGCUGGCUAGUGAGAACACCUACAUGCCUGACAACACCACUACAUCCAAUAAAGCCAACAGGAAUCUUCUUCAAAAGGCUGGAUAUCUGAAUAUCCGAAAUAAAACUGGUCUUGUGUCUACAUCCUGGGAAAGGCUGUACUUUUUUACCCAAGGAGGUAACCUGAUGUGUCAGCCGCGAGGAGCAGUGGCUGGUGGCCUCAUCAUGGAUCUGGAUAACUGCUCAGUCAUGGCAGUGGACUGUGAAGACAGAAGAUACUGUUUUCAGAUCGUAUCACCUUCAGGAAAAAUGAACAUUAUUCUGCAAGCAGAAGGCAAGCUGGAAUAUGAAGAGUGGAUUUGCACAAUCAAUAAUAUAUCCAGACAGAUCUACCUCACUGACAACCCAGAGGCAACUGCAAUCAGGCUGAACCAAACAGCCGUGCAGGCAGUGACCCCAAUGUCCACGUUUCAGAAGAAACAUGAAAGUUUUCGCCCUAAGCGAGUUGAGAAUGAAGGUGCUGAGGCUGCCAGUAAUGAGAAAGUUUUGACAGAGCUGCCGGAAUCAGCAGAGCCUCUCAUCGUCCCUGGAACACCGAUUCGAUUUGACCUGUGUCCAGCAAGUGAAGAAAACCAGUCUGUCAGCAGAGGCACAGUCCCAUUGGGAAAAUCAGACCCUGACGCAGAUACUGCUCCAGAAGAUUUGCUCCUGCACCAAGUGUUUACUGUGAGGUUUUUGGGCUCCAUAGAAAUAACAACAGACCAGGACAGUGAAGUGAUCUAUGAAACGAUGAGACAGGUUCUGGCUGCUCGGGCAAUUCAUAACAUCUUCCGUAUGACUGAAUUUCAAAUGGUGGUCAGCUCCAGGACGCUGAGGUUCAUUGAUCCGUACACUCAGAAUACAAAGAUAAGUUUCCCUCUCAGCGAGCUGUCCCUGUCUGCAACCCAUCAGGAUAACAAGAGGUUAAUUGGCUUUGUGGCACGAUCUCCUGAAACAGAGAGCAAGGCAAUGCUGAACUGCUGCAUCUUUGAAACAAAUAACGAUGGAAAUGAGAUAUGUUCUGUUAUCGAUCUUGGAAGGAGACUUACUCAGGCAGAGAAGGAUCCAGAAGCUUUGGCUGCACUUAUGAAGUCAACAGAACUCAGUGCUGAUGGGAGAUUCUUUCUACUCAGUCAGAUGGAUAAAGAUGAAACAGACGCUUGUUUGGAAUCGGAAGCCUAGCCUAACGUUUAUACCACAUCAUCUGCACUCCCUAACUGUAUCUUUUCUCUUCUGCUUUGUUCCGAUUUACUUCCACCUUCACACUGGUGAAGCUCUGGGCAAACUGCAACUCAACUUUGUUUAUUAUUGUACUUGUAAUUUGGGGAAUUAGGGCUAAUUUACAGUCAAAUUUACAAGCAAGAAUGACUUCUGUCAGGAACUCUCAAACUCUAAAUAAUGUUUUAAAACAGUCUUUCAUCAGGCAGGAGACAAAACUUUGAGUAAUCCCAGCAUUUUAUAACAAAGGUUGAAGAACAGUUUGUAUUUGUGUCUUUCAAAACCUCAGACAUUCCCAAAGUGUUUACUGCUUAUUUGCAUUUAACUAAAUAUGUAAUAGACUUUUGUGAUAACUUGGCCAAUUUAACUACAGCAAGUGCAAUAUUUACAGUACAUGUAGCCAAGUAUUUCACCUUAGUGUGGAUUUUGUAGGAUAGCAGUUUACAGUAAAGCUGGAAUACUGACCUGGGGUGAGCAGUUGAAUACAUGAGUGUCUUGUAUUAGGUGUAUCCCUGUAUUUUAAACUUCGGCAAACCCCGUCACAGGAAAAACGUUUUCAUAGCAGUUCUCAUUUCAUAUCACUGUUCUCAUUUAAUCACUUGUGGGCUAACAAGAUUUCCGUCAAAUAAAGUCGUACAAAGAUAAGGGGGUUGGAGGGACAGUGUAAUAAAGGGCUGUAUAUUACUGGUCUUUAUGACACUAAAAUGGUUCAUCAGGUAUCAUUGGAAGGAAAGUUUGGGUGGGCUGGAUUUGUAAUGCUGCACUCAAGAAAGGUGAGGAGAAUUAAAAUUCUGAGGGUUUUAAGGUGGAUGCGGUGACAAUAUUUCUGCUUGUGGGAAUAUCUAAAACCAGGAGUUUAAUAAAAAUUGGGUUGUCAGCAGAUGGGGUUUUUUUUUGACUACAGCUAGUUUUCUAAUGAUUAGUUUAAGUGGGAGUUGGGAACAGCCCUUCUGAAUGUUUUGAAGGCAGAUAAUCAAAAAGCGGACAGAUGAGAAUGUGCUACGUUGACUGGUGGAAAGUUACAGAUUUGCUCAGUCCUAAUGUCCCACUGCCAUUUGCUGCAUGCAGUGCUUUCCUUACACCACUUGGUGCCUCAUUCCUUCCAAACAUAACAGGCAAGGAGUAGGUUGCUUGUAUAUAGGUAGCCUCUUUAAUGGAACUAUAGGAUGAACAAAACUGUCCCGGAUGUACACACUCUCCAUAGUGUCAGAACCUUACUUUCAAAGGACAAGCACACAAUCAGUCCUUCCACACAAGUGACAAAUUCCCACAGCCUCUUCAGUUCCCCCCAGGCUGCAUGUUCUUAUUGUUGCUGGUCCAAAUCCCAGAGGCCUCACAACACUGGGGAGAAGUGCCACAAGAAUGACUGCAACAAACACACUGCUAUCUUCAGGUAAAUCCUGGCUGGCCUUGCCAGCAGCAUCUCCAAAAUGAAUUACAAAAAAAACCCCUUGAUUUUUACUCAUUCAAACUGGUUCACGUACCCAGAAGAGAGACACUGUGCAAACUUAACCUCCAACUGACAUUAAAACCCACCAUCAUUUGCUUUAAGUAUGUUAUAAAUUUAGCUUUGUCAAUUUAAACACUAUUCCCUUUGAAGCCAAUGAUGAGGGACAAGUGAGGAGUACAGAACUGUGGGCAGCCUGGAGAGUAAAUAGAAAGCCCCAGGUAGAUUUACUGCCAUAAACACAAGAUAUUCUGCAGCUGCACAUACAAUCUGCCAUGGCUGGUAGUGAGAUGAAGGAUUCUUUCACCCAGAACAUGGAGGGAGGUGGGUGCAGAAACCCCUUGCCACGUGGAGAGCCGGGUAAUAUUGUGCAGGCAGUGGUGGACCUUUCUCAAGCAGCUGUCAUCGGUUCCUCUGGGCUGGGCUUUUGAUGAACACUGGAGCUGUCUUCAGAUGUGACAUCAUAUUACAGCUGUAAACUGAUAGUGAUGUGUGGUUUUACUCCAAUGAAAUCGACCCAAGGAAUCCUCAAGUUGCUGCUAAUGUAAUCUGACCAAUGUUUGACAUUCUGGUUGUUUUGCUUUUUGAGGACAAUAAAUAUUAAAUGCAGUCUGUAAUUAAAUAGUGGCAUCAAGUUAUUACUCUUGACAUCAGUAUUUUCAGUGGCACAAAGUUAUUAAUCCACACGGUGGUCUAAUGAAAUAAACCAGAACUAUUUACUGUACUCCAACAGUAUCAUGUUUACUUAGGGAUCAAGUUCAAGGACACAGUAACAUCCAAUCUAAAGUACAAGUGAAAAUACACUUGACCAAACACAACCCUUUAUUUCCAUUGGUGCUCUGGAAUUGAGCAACCCAGUUCAGUACUGAAACGGCCUCUGGCCUAUCAUUGCUAUCCAGUGAGUACCACAGCCCACCAGCUAGAGAUACAGUGCAGAACAGGUUGAACCCUAAUCACUACAUAAUUUACAAUGACAGAUUAACCAGUAAAUCUUUGGACUGAGAAAGCGGAGCAUCCCGAGGAAACCCACACAGUCACAGGAAAUACUUGGGUGAUGCGGCUCAUCCCUCUGUCAGAGAAUGGCUGUGUUCUCUGGAGUGCAGAGUCAAUCCAGAUUACUGCAACAGCCCACAACUUCAUUUGCAACCACUGUGUGGAGUUCAUACAUUCCUCCUUUAACUACAUGAUGCUCCGAUUUCCUCCCACUGCCUAAAGCUGUACUAAUUGACAGGUUAAUCACUGCCAUGUAGUUGAGGAGAAUGAGGGCAGAAUAAAAUGGGAUGUGCAUUGAAGGGCCAGUAUAUCGACAGGUUAAUCACUGCCAUGAGGGCAGAAUAAAAUGGGAUGUACAUUGUAUAUUGACAGGUUGAAACUCUCCAGUCCAGCAUCCUGUGGUCCAGAAUAUUUGAAAUCCAGUUCAGAUCUGUACUAAUUAGUUCAUUCUAGCUGUUCUAUCUAAUUAAGCCCACAAAUUAACUAAGAUUGUUCCAAUUUGUACCUACUUCACCUAUCAGUGAAAGUUUUGCAAUCUCAGCUAACACUCUUUCUGACUUACUGAAACUUCAGGUUACCAAAGGUUCAGGGAUCGGAACCCUCACAUAACCAUGGAGUGUCCUGUACUUAUAUAAAACACAGUUAUCCUGCAGAGGGGAGGACAAUCGGGCAGUUUCCUUGGUCAAGCUCCAGCCAGGU